GAGAGCUCGGUGAAGGCUAGUCGGCUAUCCCGUGUGGAUUUGACGUUUGAUGGUGGAUGUUUAUUAAACACCCGAAAGAGAUUACCACUCUUGGUGUCGACGAUGGGGGAUUUACCUGAACUAGGCCAGAGUGCAAAGUUUUGCAUUACAUCAGAGAGCGUGCUUCUCUGAGCUGCUCUUAUCCAAGUGAGGGAGCUUCCAUCAAGGUGCUCCUCGCUCGGCCUGCCUCAAAAUGGAUGCACUGCUGAAUCCUGAACUCAGGGAAAAGACACUUGAUGGUUCGAUUAAGGUUGAGAACACCUCAAAGCAUGUCAUAUUUAAAGGCCUUGCCCCUAGAGUAGUUUUAACAAACCAUCUCCUGCCUAAAGGAACAAAGACUAAAGUGAACCUUGAGGAACAGGGUCGACAGAAGGUCUCCUUCAGCUUCACCCAUACUAAGAAAACACGUCAGAAAGUGUUCCUUGUCCCACCAAGUCCAGAGAAAGCUGCAACUGAGAUUUUACCUGUAGUGCAGUCUACAAAUUUACCCUCUGCAGACCUGACAGGACAGAGUGCUGAAAGCAAGAAUGAGCAAACUGAUCCCUCGGUUGUAGCCACAGUCGUGGCCGAAUGCCAGGCAACACAGCCCUUAGUACCUCUCCCCUCCAAAUUGAAACAUGACGUGGUGCAUUUCAAGAAACAGUUUCUGAGUGUGUCUGUUGUUGAAGAUCAUCCCAUUGUCAGUGCUGUUUUAAAUGAUACCACCUCCGAGAACGAAGUUUUAGUUAGAUCUUCAGCAAGGAUUGACGGUGACCCCUCUGGUGCUCUGUUCCAAAACGACUCUGUCACUGACUGUUCUGAAAAAGAUAUCAGAGAGGAAAGCACUAAGGAGGAAUUAGACGCUCACCUUAAGGGACCAACUGAUUCCUCCCAUAUUGGGACAGAGUGUAAGGAUAGUAAUUCUGAGCCUGAACAUAGCAAAAAUGUCCAUCAGUCAGACAAUAUUUUGCCAGGUAGUGACUUUGAUGGUGGGUCUGUUCGGACAUCAUCUAGCCAAAAGUCUACUGACUCCAAGAGCGUGGCUAAGUGUGAUAGUCAAAGUACUGUUGUUAAGAAGUUCUCAACCUCCAAAAGUGAAGUCUCUGACAAAUCCAGAUCUGAUAAGAGAGAUGAGAAGGAUGAGAAAGGGUCUAGUCGAUGCAAAUCAGAAAGAGAUUCCAGACACACAUCCUCACGAUCUUCACGCUCUGACCGAAGGAGAACCAAGAGUCGGUCACGAUCUAGAUCCCGGAGUUCUCGAACAAGUUCUUCCUAUUCCAGGUCUGAGAGAUCAAGAAAUGAAAGACCAUCAAGGUCAGAUAGGUCACAUUACCAUGAUUCUGAAAGGAGAUCCCACAGAAGUUCUCGUGAACGAAGGAGGUCUCGCUCCCGAGGUGAAGGCAGAUCCCGGGACAGCUCUGACUCCGAUGAUGAUCUCAGGAAGCCCAGGACUCGAGGAAGCGAUUCAAGUCGAUCCUCCACAUACUCUAGCUCACAAAGAGAUUCGAAGACAUCCUGUCAUUCAAAGUCCUACAGGGACUCAAAAUCUGACCCAAAAUUUUCUCAUUUGUCAGAAUUGGACAAAAGAACACAAUAUUCAAGAACAGACAGAUCUGGGAGAACUAGUGGCUCUGAACCUAGUAAAAGGAGUUCUCCUGAGACUGAAGCCAGUCAUAAAAAGUCCAGUUUCCAUUCAAAAUCGGAGAUCCAUGGUAAAACAUCUAACUCAAAUGACAUGUCACGGUCUGAAAAAAAGGUCCAAAAAACCAGUGGGAGCUCUGACUCUGAUGAUGAGCACAAAAGCAAAAGUCAAUUCCAUGGCUCAGACCACUCUACUAGGUCAGCUGUUAAAAAAACAAAUAAUUCAGAGUCAAAGUCAAGUAGUAUUGGAACAGAUGGACAAUUAGUAGCAAAAGUAAAUAUUAAUGCUGAACUUCCACACUUGGAUUCUGACAAAAUCAUAUCUCAGGGAGAAUUCAACAAUGUGCAUUUGUGUUCCCAAUAUGAAGAAACCAGUCAGUCUAAAUUAACAAACAGUUCUCCCGAACAAACGCAGCAUAUUGCCCUAAUGGACAAUUUACAAAGUCAUGUUGAAUUUCAAGGUGUAAUCAAAGAUUCCCAUGGUACAGAAAAGUGUCCAGCUGUCAGUGAAAUAGAUAUCAGUAAAUGUCCCCUUACUCUUGAGGACAUUUCUUUAGUGGGUGAUCAACUUGGAAAACCGACAGACAUUCAAAAAGAAGUCCAAUCUUUGAAAGAGGCACAGAUUAAAGUGGCAAAUGUUGGUACCUUUUACAAAACUAACGAUUCUUCUAGCUUGAAUGAGCCACUUUAUCCAGGCUACACCCCCAGUCAGGAUUUAUUCGGUUCAUUGGCAGACACUCUUUCUGUGAAAGAAUUACCACCUGGAGAAUGCUUGAAACCUAACACUAAAUUUGUUUCCCAGAUGUUUCUCAGCAAGGAAGACAAUAGACUUACCAUGAGUGUCGAAACCUCUCCAAAAGUUAUCGAGCAGUUAGACAUCAAGCCUGAACCGACAAACGCUGCGGAAAUUAAAUACAAAUCUGCCCAUGUCAAAAAGUCACGGUGGGAUAUUGUUGGUGAAGACACUUCAGAAGCUCAGACCCCCCAAAAGAUGGUGAACAGUGAGACAUCCUCUGUGAAAAAGGUCAUUUCAGUUAAAAAAAUAGAAUAUAACAAUCAUACUAGCCAUGAAGAAAUAUGCUCAAAGAAAGAGGAAUUUAUGAUGCGGUCACUAAGAUCUGAGCUAGAUGAACAGACAGGCAAGGCAACAACAGAUUUGGAGAAAGGAAUCAAGCACGAUCCUGAUCAACCUUUUGUUGCCGAUAUACAACAAACCAUUGAAGUUAUUGAUCAAAUGGCUGGCAGGUCCCUGGCAAAUCAGGUUCCUCUGAAAGCUAAUUGCAGGGCAGAUGUUAGUCAUUUUGUUCAGAAAUACGCCAAUUCUGACACAGCGUACAACAGUGACCCAUAUAAGCCUUUGACACAAGAGUCUGUGUCGUUCAACUGUGAUGGUAAAAGCCACAGUGAGGAAAGUGAAACUGACGAAUCUGACUCUGAUUCAGAUGACGGACAGGUCUCGCUGAAGCGGCUGCACUCUGUGGUGGUUGUGCCAAAGAAUUCUACUAUUACCCUUGAGACAACUGACCACCCAACACCACCAGCUAGCCCAUCAGCUCUCUCUGGACAGCUAACCUAUCAGGCAAAUGAGAUUAAUAUAAGCAUUAACAGUGAAAUUCCUAAUAGUCUCAACACUCUAAUAAAAUCUGUAGAAUGUUCAGGUGACGGACUCAAACACAAUGUCUUGUCAGUUACUGAGAAUAAAGGCAUGCCUUCUGUUCAAACUCCCUACCAGUCCCAGAGCAACUUGGUUGAUAGCACUAGCCAAUCUGAGGCAACCACUACACUGGCUCACAUAGACCGGACCUGCACUGUCAAAGAAAGACCAAAGACUUGUGUCCCAACUGAUCAAGUACCUACCUAUACUCCCAGAGAGGCUGAAUCAGGUUGUCACCAGUGUCUUGAUAAUCCAGACAGCUGGCAUGGUAGAAAGGGAGAAAGAGAACAAUUUGGAGCCUUUAGUUGCACAGACAGUCUCCGGCCCCAGAAUGGUUUGAACCUGGAUUGUGACGUAAACCAAACAGAGCAGCCCAGCAGCACAUUUCAGCAGCCAGACAGCAGUCACACUACUCAACAGCACUGCCAGUUAGGAAGUGCAUUUACCAGGCAAGAUAGUGGUUACUGGACCCAGGCAAAUAUCUCUGAUAAAAACAUGCCAGUCAAUAUGCUUGUACCUUCUCUUUGUCAUGAGUCAGUGUGCCAAAUUCACCCUGACUCUUUAACUAAUGACCCUGAGGAGUUUUAUGAAGGAAAAGCAUUUGGACUUGGUAGUGUUGCUAUACCAUCUAGAAAACCUCCAGCAUCUUCUGCAUUUCUCCAAACCAAUGAGAUAACCAGCAAUUGUGGCUUUGUAACGGCCAUUGCAGAGUCUCCGAUCAUCUCCAGGCCUUCAAGGGAAAGCAACCUAAAGCCUCACAGAGGCCGGGGCCCACCCAAGAAAAGACGGCCAGAACUCGAGUCAGAAUCAGACAACGAGGCAGAGGCAGGUCUCGCCUGUAAGCGAGAAUGUUUAGAGGAGCGCGAGAGCUGCAAAGUCACAAAAGAAACCAAGGUAUCCUCACAGCAAGAAGAAAUACAAAGGCCACUGCUUAGUCUGAAAGAAUUUAUGAAUCCUGUUGUCUGGAAGGAAAAAUCUAAGCAAAAAAAGAUGCCUCCUUAUUUUGAUCUUAUUGAGGAAAAUCUCUACCUGACAGAACGCAAGAAGAACAAGUCUCAUCGAGAUAUCAAGCGAAUGCAGUGCGAGUGUGCUGUCCUUUCAAGAGAGGAGCGAGCACGAGGUGUUAUGGCUUGUGGAGAAGAUUGUUUGAAUCGCCUGCUGAUGAUUGAAUGCUCGUCACGGUGCUUAAACGGCGUAUAUUGCUCAAAUCGGCGAUUUCAGAUGAAGCAGCAUGCCGAUUUUGAAGUAAUUCUCACUGAAAGCAAAGGUUGGGGUUUAAGAGCCGCCAAAGACUUACCGCCGAACACGUUCGUGUUGGAGUAUUGCGGUGAGGUUCUGGAUCACAGAGAGUUCAAAUCACGUGUAAAAGAGUAUGCUCGCAGCAAGAACAUCCACUACUACUUCAUGGCUUUGAAGAAUAACGAGAUCAUCGAUGCAACGCUGAAAGGGAACUGCUCAAGGUUUAUGAACCAUAGCUGUGAGCCCAACUGUGAAACUCAGAAGUGGACUGUGAACGGUCAGCUCAGAGUUGGCUUCUUUACCACCAAGACUGUAACGGUUGGGACAGAGCUCACUUUUGAUUACCAGUUCCAAAGAUAUGGGAAAGAGGCACAGAAGUGCUACUGUGGAGCACCGAGUUGUCGUGGCUUCCUGGGUGGAGAGAACCGUGUCAGUGUACGGGCUGCAGUUGGAAAGAAGCAAAGGGAGCGAUCUCGGAAGAAAGAAGCUGUCAGUGCGCUGACUACAGUGGAUGAGGAGCUGGAGGCUCUGCUAGAGAAUGGGGAAGGUCUAAGUGAUGAGAAACAAGUAGUUUCUCUCUGCAGACUAAUGGUGCGUGUAGAAACUAUGGAGCAGAGACUCACCUGUGUUAAACUGAUCCAGAAUACUACAAAUUCUUCAUGCCUCAAGCAGUUUUUGGAUCAUCAUGGUCUCUCGUUGUUGUGGAUAUUCAUGGUCGAUCUUUCAGAAGCCAAAAGCAACUCUGGUAAUAACCUCAAACUGCAGAUGGAGAUAAUGAAGGCAUUGGUAGUGCUGCCCAUUUCUACUAAGAACAUGCUGGAAGAGAGCCGUGUGCUACAAUACAUCCAGCGCUGGGCCCAAAGCCAUCCACUUGGCCAGCCUACAGAACAGGAUGGUUACUCCAGUGAGAGCACCUCCCGAGCCCACACACCUCUCAACACCCCCGAUGGCCCCCCUGUUAAACUGGCACCAGAGCUUGAUGGAGACACACCAAAGCGUGCUGUAUACCGCAGACUGAAAAUCAUAAGUGAGAACAGCCUCGAUAGCGCUCUCUCAGAUGGCAGCAAGGUCUCCGAUGGUAAAGAGGAAGAAGAUGAAGAAGAGGAGGAGGUGGAGGAAGAGCCCUCACCAGAGAUCACAUCGGACAAGGCAGAAAAAAGAGAGACCAGUGAGGAAAUAGCUGUGACCCCAGAGCUGGUAGUGAAACUGGAAGCUUCAGAUGCUGUGGAGAGUAGCCAGGCAAAGCUAGAGAUAAAGGAAGAGGUUGCUGAGAAGGAUAAAACAGAAGUGCAGGAAAUUGAGGAGGAACCAACCAGCAAGACAGAUGAGAACCUUCCUGUUCACAUGGAGGAGAACUGUGAAUCUGAUCCUGCAGAAAGUCAAGUGCAGGCACCGGUCAUAGAUCAACCUCCUGAUCCCAGUGCUCCCAGUGUCAACGAUGAAGUAGAUGCUAGCCCCUCUUUGCACCCCCCAGAUGAGAGCACUCCCAGUUCUGAGUCGUCUUCAGAGAACGAGAGUGCUGAGCUUUCAGUCACGAACAACUUGGCUCCUUCCACCAUCAGCAGUGCACCUACGGAAUCCCUUGAUGUCAGCAUACCUUCAGAUAGUAUGGAAACCACCCUUUCUGAGUCUACAGUUAACCCAGAAGCCUCGCCCCUCAACUUAGACAACAUGCCACCUAGUUCUGGUGCCAGUGCUGCAGAAAAAACGACAGCAGACGUUACUGUAGAGAGCAGUCCUUCAGUUUCAGCUGUUUGCACAGCAGAGGUGCUGCCGCCGGGAAUAGUGGCGACAGAGGGCACAGCAGUGGGCACACCUUCCCAGGAUGAGGAGGAGGCUGUGUCAGAUGUGGAAAGUGAGAGAAGCCAAGAGCCUCAGAUUGGAGCUGCUGACAUCAGUGAGAUGGCUUCCCGCCUACUUGACAGCUGGAAAGACCUGAAGGAGGUGUACAGGAUCCCAAAGAAGAGUCAGGUAGAGAAAGAAUCAAGUGACCGUAGUCGGGACAGAGACGCAAUGACACCCCGCACCCCGUCAAGCAGUCGUGAGAGAGAUCGGGAGAGGGAGAGAGAGCGGGACUGGGAUCGAGAGCGGGACUGGGACAGAGAAAAAGACUCUGACCGGUAUUUGCUACGUAGUGCUGAAAGGCGGCGUAGACGAGGCUCUGCCUCUCCACCAUACCAAUCCACCUAUGAAAGGAGCAGCCGCAGAAAUGAAGACCGCUAUGAUUCAGCUAGCAGUAGUAAGAAAUCUCGGACCAAGGAGGCUCGUACCAAGCUUUCCACAGAGGAGCGACGGAAGCUCUUUGAACAGGAGGUGGCUCAGCGAGAAGCCCAGAAACAGCAGCAGCAACAGCAGCAGCAACAGCUACAGAGAUUAGCAUUCAGUGCUCUUGUGUAUCCCUCAAGCCCAAGUUUCAUGAAUUAUCCACCUGGUUACCCUAUUCAGACAUAUGUGGACCCAACUAAUCCCAAUGCGGGCAAGGUGCUAUUACCUACACCGCCAGUUGACCCUAUGUGUGUGACUACAGCUUUUGAUCAGACUACUCAGUCGCUCAUUACUGACCUGACUCUGGCAGCUCAGUCCCCCAACACCACUCAGGCCAGCUCAGCUACAGGUCUGACACACAUGCCUGCUACACUGGAGCUGGCAGCUUCUUCCCAGCCACAGCAGUUUGUCCAGCCAGCCACGCCAGCCCAGGACCCCGGCAUCACUGUCCUGUCAGUUCCUACACAGACAGCCGGCACCCAAGUGCAGGGCCAACAAGGAUAUGCAACACUUUGGGAUCCCAAUACACAACAGGCAGUGACUGUGCAGCCUACUCAGCAGUACUCGAACCCAGCCCAGCCACAGACUGCGAUUUAUUACCAAGGCCAGCCAUGCCAGACAAUUUACAGCAUUCCUGCAGGUUACUCACAGACCAGCACUCCUGUCAUUCAGGCAUAUACUGAGCCAGCUACUGGCUACUUGCAUGGGCAGCAGGUCUACGCUGGUCACCAGCAGGGAGUGGUUGUCCAGCAAGGUGGCACAGUUACCACCAUAGUCACCUCUCAACCUGUACAGCCGGAAAUGAUUGUAUCUAACAACAUCAUGGACCUUCCUCCUCCUUCACCUCCCAAACCUAAAACCAUCGUCCUCCCUCCCAGCUGGAAGGUUGCACGGGAUCCUGAGGGGAAAAUCUACUACUACCAUAUAGUCACCAGGCAAACCCAGUGGGAUCCUCCGAGCUGGGAUGGUGUCGGGGAAGAGGCCACUGUAGAGCAUGAGGCUGAGAUGGACCUGGGGACACCAACAUACGAUGAAAACCCCUCAAAGUUCUCCACCAAGACAGCUGAGGCAGACACCUCCAGCGAGCUUGCAAAGAAAAGCAAAGAGGUCUUCCGCAAAGAGAUGUCACAAUUUAUUGUCCAAUGCCUUAAUCCGUACCGAAAGCCUGACUGCAAACUGGGGCGCAUUAGUAACACUGAAGAUUUCAAACAUCUUGCCAGGAAGCUGACUCAUGGAGUGAUGAACAAGGAGCUCAAAUCCUGCAAAAACCCAGAGGACCUGGAGUGUAACGAGAACGUUAAACACAAGACCAAGGAAUACAUUAAGAAAUACAUGCAGAAGUUCGGAACUGUUUACCGGCCCAAAGAGGACACUGAGUUGGAGUAGCUUCCUUCCUCUCAGUGUCGCAGGUAUCGAGCAGCGAAUCUCUGGGGCCUCUUAGUCUAUCUGUUUUUAUACAGACUCUCUGACCAUGUCCUUACUGCUGCUCUGGAAGUCCUGCGCUUGCACAGAAAUAAGGAUAAUCAUCCAGAAAUUCUCGUAGCCAGCAAGCAGAGAAACGUGCAGAAAACGCACAAAUAGGGUGCUACAGACUUUCCCCCUUCCCUUCAACCCAAGUCAUCACAUGCUUUUAGCCUUUUCAGCAAUGACCUCUGCACUACGUUAUUUGCUUCAUGUUUGUUCACAGGACCCUCAGCAGCUCAUGGCUGGUGAGAACAUGGGAGUUUGUUCCAUUUCCCUUGUUAUCUGCUUGCAUGUCUUGCCAGUUGCCCUAGUUCGUAUUUGAAUUGUCUCAGUCAGUGGUGGCUUCUACUGGCAGUCCUUAUUGAAGGAGACAGGCUUUUCUUUUACCAGCUGUUAAUCGAGACUACCAGACGACAAGAAAGACGAGUAGGUCAGGGUGCGACGGACUGCUGGAGUUUGUGAAUUCUUUGUUUGGUUUUUUUUGGGUAUCAAGUGCGGUCUCGUGCUAUCAGAUUUUGCACUCGUCUUCACUCAGAGGUAAAGCCUGGCUCUACUGCCCGGUUCCUGCAGCACAGCCGAGGAUCUUGGGACAUUCCGUUUAGCUGCAUUUUUAAUAACUUUUAAAGAAAUGAAGUGUGAAGGACGUUUGUUAAUGCAUCCAUUCUCUCUAAGUCACUCUUGGCCACUUUUACUCUUCUCAGUGAGUAAAAAGCAGUGGCAUGUAGCAUUUUUUUUUUUUUUUUUUUUUUUUUUUUAUCAACCAGUUUCUUGCUGUUUUACAUUAAUUCUCAUUAACUUUUGCUCUUUUACUAAGCUUCAGACAGGUAAAUGUGAAGCCUUCCAGGCGUGUAGUAACUUCCUCUCUCGCAAUUAAGAUCAUCAGGACUCUUUUACGAUAACUGCGCCAUGAAAUCUCCUGUCUUUGCAUUAAGUCGCAUUAAUCCCUCCCCACUCUGAAAUCAUGUAUUAUAUUGGUUUAUAUGUGAAUAUAUUGAAAAAAUAGUUUUUUGAAAUCCUUUUAAAUAAGCAGAGACGUUGUAAACGGACUGUGGAGAUUGUGGAUUAUUGUGUAAAUAUGUGAAUAAAAAAAACUAACAAAUAAGGUCAGUCCUCAGUCCAGCCAGCAGCUAGAAGCUCUAGUGUUCCCAUAGCAACCAGGAUUCUUUCCCACAGCUCUGUGUUGGGUUUAAAGGGGUGUGUGGGUGGUGUGUGUGGUUUUGUUUUUUUUAUUAUUAUUAUUAUUUUAUUUCCCCCUCUCCCUUUUUAUUUCUUUCUUUCUUUACCGAAAGACAUUUUUUAUGUAUAAAAUGGAGUCCCACUCCACUGUAAGUACUGUGCAAGCACAUUGUCAUACUGAGUGUAAAGAACAUUUUAAAAUAAACUGUUUUGUAAAAAUAA